GCACACUGCGCAGCUGCAACUGCAGCCGCGGGAACUCUUAGGUUCUUCCAGCCACCAGAUCGGGCUGGGGCGGAUCUUCGCAAUCCAACAUCUACUAGUACGGUCUGUGUCCCCGCUGGGCCCCGCCCUGCCUUGCCGCGCCGCGAAGCGGCAUCCUGGGGGAAGAGGGUAAUGACGUCGUCUCGGAGUGACGUGGGGCCACCCCCCCCCAAAUCGUGAGGCGCUUGCUCCGUGCAUGACGGUGCCCUCAAGAUGAAUGGUACCGUAAUCCCUCACACGCCCAUCGCCGUGGAUUUGUGGAACCUGCGUCGGGCGGGCUCUGCGCGCCUCUUCUUUCUGACCCAUUUGCAUGCGGACCACACUGAGGGUUUGUCCAGCACCUGGGCGCGACCACUCUACUGCUCCCCACUCUCAGCGCGCCUAGUGCACCGCCGCCUGCAGGUGUCCAAGCAAUGGAUCCGGGCCCUGGAGGUUGGUGAGAGCCAUGUACUGCCUUUAGAUGAGAUUGGACAAGAGACCAUGACUGUGACACUGAUUGAUGCCAACCACUGCCCAGGCUCUGUCAUGUUCCUUUUUGAAGGAUAUUUUGGGACCAUCCUAUACACAGGGGACUUCCGUUAUACACCAUCCAUGCUGCAGGAGCCUGCCCUAAGGCUUGGGAAGCAGAUCCAUACUCUUUACCUGGACAAUACCAACUGUGACCCUUCCCUGGUCCUCCCCUCCCGCCAGGAGGCCACUCAUCAGAUUACUGAGCUUAUCCGUCAACACCCACAGCAUGAUGUCAAAAUCGGUCUCUACAGCUUGGGCAAAGAGUCCCUCCUAGAACAGCUGGGCCUGGAGUUCCAGACCUGGGUAGUGCUGAGUCCCCAACGGAUGGAGGUGGUCCAACUGAUGGAACUAGCCAGUGUGUUUACUGUGGAGGAGGGGGCAGGCCGCAUCCAUGCUGUGAAUCGUGCCGAGGUUUCCUGGAGUGCCAUGCUGCAGUGGAAUCGCACACAUCCAACUAUUGCCAUCCUGCCUACAAGCCGGAGAAUCCACAUCUCCCAUCCAGGUAUUCAUGUGAUUCCUUAUUCUGACCACUCCUCCUUCUCUGAGUUGUGUGACUUUGUGGCUGCACUGAGGCCCUGCAGGAUAGUGCCUAUUGUCCAGGGAGUACCUUGUGAGGAUUAUUUCCGGGAAAGCCUGAGUUCCUGGCUACUCAUUGAACCCCAGGUGCCUCUGUCUGUGCAACAAUACAUGGGGACUUCUUUGAACCCCCCAAAAGAAUGGGGCCGUGUCUGGCUACUGCAGAGAAGACCAAAGAGGCUAAGGACCCAGGGUGUUGUCUUUGAGUCACCCGAGAAGGAAUCUGAGCCACCUCAAGAUUUGAGAGAUCUCAAGAGACCUAGGAGGGAGAGCCUUUUCACCCUGGGUAAGGACAGUCAGGAGCAGCCCAAUCUGCCUGUUACAUGUGCCACAGAACAGCUGCCACUCCAUCUGGAAGACUCUCACAGUGAGGAUGGAGAGGAUUGGCCAGUACCAUUCUCAUCAGACAAGGCAAUGCAGACUGUGAAGGCUACCCUGACAGAAUUCUCAGGGCAGCAAAGGACUGUUGGUAAAGGAGACAGCCCUAAAGAACUGAGGAAGCAGAGUAACUCCAGGCCUCAGCAUGUUUGUUGGAAAGAAGAUAGUGGGCUUAGAACCAGUGCCAGUAAAGCCUCGAGGGUGCAGGCAGCUGAGCCCUGGAUUCUGGCACUAGAAUACCUCCUAACACCUCUGAGCUGCGUCCAAAUUGGAUACUCCUCAAGGAACUUUGACCACCAAGUGGAAAAAUAUCUGAGGAGUAUGGGUGGGGGUAGUAGCCAUUUGGAGCUCUUUUCACAAUAUAGAUGAGAAAUAAAGAUAGAUAUUUUGUGUUUCCU